UAAAUAGUUUUUUAACAGUUCGAAUUCAGGUUUUUUGGGUUGAGAGUGUUGUGCGAAAAUGUUUAAAAUUCUCGUCUCUCUUUUAUUUCUAUUGCCGCUGGUUUUGACCGAAAGCGAUUUCCGCGGAGAAAACACUACAGAAAGUGAUGAUGAAAUGGCAUCAAUACCCGAUAUCAAUGGAGAGUUUUAUCAAAUCAAUUUAACUGAGCGAGAAAAUGCCUACGUGAAAUCUUUCAAAUCAGAUUACAGGGUCGACUUCUACGUCCUUACGCGGCAUUAUUCUGGCAAGGAUAAACGUUUGAUAGUUGGGGAUACAUACUCCUUGGAAAGAAGCUACUUCAACCCGAAAAACCCGACGAGAAUUAUAGUGCACGGAUGGAGAGCAAAUAAGAAUUCGUUUAUUAAUCAAGUUCUGCCCAUUGCGUAUCUCCGCAAAGGAGAGUACAAUGUGAUUGUUGUGGACUGGAGUGAUGCAGUUAACACAUUCGAUUAUUUCGCGGCUCGAAAGCGAAUCGGACAAGCUGGCAAAAAAGUGGCGAAAUUGAUAGAUUUCUUAAGUGAAUAUGGGAAUACCGAUCCCAGUACAAUCUAUUUGAUUGGGCACAGUUUAGGAGUUCAUAUGUGCGCGAUUGCGGCACGAAAUGUUCGUUCUGGACGUGUUGGGGUAAUCAUAUCCUUAGAUGCUGCUCUGCCAUUGUUUGCUUCAAACGACCAAGACCGCAUUAGCUCAUCGGAUGCUAAAUAUGUUUUGAGCAUUCAUACGAAUGGAGGAAAGCUAGGAAUUCAUGAACCAGUUGGUCAUGCUUCGUUCUACCCAAAUUGGGGUAAAAGACAACCAGGAUGCGGUGCUGAUCCCCUAUCCAGCUGUUCACAUCGCAGAAGUGUUGAAUAUUUCUCAGAGUCUUUAACGAAUUAUCAGAAUAAUUUUGUGUCACGGAAAUGCUCUAGCUUUCAUGAAGUUUUAAGUAAAAGAUGCUGGAAUGGUGGCGAAAUUGCUUAUAUGGGCGGAGAUCCUAUUAAUUUUGAUUAUAAGGGCGUGUAUUAUUUAAAAACAAAUUCACGGCAACCGUUUAGUACGGGAGCCAUACCGUAAGUAAUUGUUAAUAUUUAAGAGUCCUAUUUAAUCGAGCAUUGGUAUAUUAUCAACUAUCUGUAAAUACCGUAAUAGCGAUAAUAA